AUGGUAUGGUUACUCCUGGAGCUGCUGCAGAAGCCCAGACCCGCUGAGGCCGGCGAGCAGCAGCCUCCAGAGGCGAACACCCACACACGCAGCCCAGAGCGGUCCCAGAAACCCGGCCCAGGACGCGGGCAACGGCCGGAGAGGGGCGUCCCCGCCGAACGUGCUGGGCCGGGGCCGGGGCCCGAGCGGAGCCCACCCCGCAGUGCGGCCGGAGAGAAGCGCGGAGGGGCGCUGCGGAGAGCCGGGAGACCCGGGAGACCCGGGACUGAGGGGAGCGGGGGCCGGAGGGGAGCUGGGGUUGGCGGGACCUGGAGCCGGGAGACCCGGGACUUACGGGAGCCGCGGGCGAGCCAGGCGGUGGGCGCCGGCCCGGGGGUCAGGAGGGCCGACUGGGGGACGGACACGCGCGCUCCCCGCCCGCGGCGCUGCCGGGACACCCGCCCUCAGCCCUCAGCCCUCAGCCCCCAGCCCUCGCCCCCGCCGGCCCGCCCGCCUUCCCUGCCUCCCUCCCUCCCCAAGGCGUCGCCGUCACUCCGGAGCCUCACCAGAGCUCGCCACGCGUCUCGGGAUCCUCGGAACCGUGGCCGUCAGGAGCUGAGGGGAGCAGGGGGCCGCCCGCUGCCGCCGCCGCCGCCACUGCCGCGACCCAGCGUCCCGGAGUCUAUUUGCGCCGCCGCCGCCGUGACGCGAAUCGCACGAGGCGGCUUUAGCCAAUGA